AUGUCAUAUCUCCAGACGGGGACCCGGCAAUGGCUGUCACCCCCAAGAAGCACAAGCUUGAAAGAUUACCACGAACACAAAAUUAACGUCCAGGAGGCAGCCUAUGCUAUUUCCCGUCUGACCGCAACCUCCCAGUCUACCGCACUCAACCACGGAAGAAACAAAUUAAGGAAUCUUCUCAUCGCUGCUUUAGAAGAAUGGCCCGAAUCCGAACUCUCUCCGAUAUUCGCCCUCCUCGAGGAGAUGGAAAAUCUCCCAAAACCUGCCAUACGCGAGGAGGCAAGGCAUUCAGUAACAACUGAUCCCUUCUGGAAACAAUUACCCGGUUUUGGAAACAUGAAGGUGGGUAUUUUCCAAUGGGGGGAAUGGCGACAAGAGAUCGAGGGCCAUCCUGAUGACCCGGACUUGCAGCGCCAGAUGCGGGAGAAGUAUAUCCGUAUCGCGAGUCUUGAGGUACUACUAGUCGAUGAAAAGAUUGGACCAAUUUUGCUGGAUUGGGGAUAUGAGUGUUUGGCCGAUGCGUUUGAACGUUGUGAUGUGAUUCCAGACAUUCAGUUCCCCAUGGCGGCGGAGUGGCUCAAGCGUCUUGCCAGACGGACCCACGAUGAUGCACUGAGAGAGGAAGAGGAUUGGCCGUUCAAGAGAAAUUAUUUGGAUCUGCGAAAGGGGGACGAUGCGAUGUUUGUGGAAAGAUGGCAGUAUUGGAAGAGUCGACUGGAGUAUGCAAAAGAGGACUUGCCCGAAAACAAGUCAAUCGAACGAUGA